AUGGAGCCAUCACAGAAGUUGCAAUCAGCGACGGAACCAUAUGAGACCGAUGUGAAGGAGGUGCACGAGAUCACCUGGAGUUCAGCAAGCUCUUCGCAUACUUCGCUCGAUUGCUCGCACUCGGAAUGCUUCGAUCCGGACUACGAGAUCAAAUGGGAAGAGAACGAUAUCGAGAAUCCUAAGAAUUGGUCAUUGCACAACGUAAGUCUCUCGGCAGCGAUGAUCAUGGCCGGCACUAACACACCGGAUAGUGUCUUAUACUCGUCCGCAUAUACUUCAGGCAUUUCAGGCGCACACGGCAUGACUGUCGAGUUUGCCGUGCCUAACUCAACGAUAUCCCUUCUCGGCUUGACAACAUACCUCUUCGGUAUGGCUGCUGGAAGCAUGAUCUGGGCUCCGCUAAGCGAAAUGUUUGGCCGUCGUCCGGUUUAUAUCUCGACAUUAUUCGCGUUCAUGUUCUUCAUCUUCCCUUGCGCCAUUGCGAAAAACGUAUCGACUGUAAUCGUAUGCCGUUUCUUCGCUGCAAUGGUCGGUUGCUCGGUCGUAUCGAACUCGCCCGGAACAAUCAACGAUGUCUCAACAGACAAGCACAGGGCUUUGACCUUCAGUGUCUGGUGUGCAGGCUUGAUGAAUGGGCCCGUCCUCGGUCCGCUUAUCGGUGGCUUCGUAUUUGACAACCUAGGAUGGCGGUGGAUUCACUGGAUCACCUUGAUUUUGGCUGGAGUAUCUUUUCUGUUGAUGGCAACGGUGCCAGAAACAUACGGUCCAGCUCUUCUCAGGCGUCGUGCGGAGAAGACGAGAAAGCAAACCGGUGACAAUCAGUGGUGGAGUAAGCAUGAUGAGAAGCGACCAUUCUGGCCUCUACUUAGAGCAUCGCUUUGGAGACCCAUUUAUCUCACUGCCUCUGAGCCUAUCCUCUGGUUUUGGGAUCUGUACUUCUUGAUCGUCUAUGCGAUGAAUUAUCUGACCUUCGUCAUCUACCCAAGAGUAUUUGUGGGACUCCGUGGAUGGUCGAUUGGCCACACUGGACUCUCAUACCUUGGUAUUGGUCUGGGAAAUUUGUUGAUCAUCGUUUGCGAACCACUCCUUAGGAGGAUGAUUCAACGAAGGAAGCUAGAUUCCAAUGGUAAGCCGACUCCUGAGUCGCCAGUGUUCGUCGUAUGCAUCGGCGCGAUCCUGGUGCCGAUUGGCGGCUUGAUGUUCGCCUGGACCUGUACACCGAAUGUGCAUUUCAUUUGGCCCAUCCUGUCUGGCGUGCCAUUUGGAGCAGGUACAACAGCAACCUUCAUCUAUGGAUCCAACUACAUCGGACGCAGUUAUGGGAUGUAUGCAGCGUCGGCCAUGGCUGGUAACGUGUUGACUCGCACUAUUGCAGGCGGUACGCUGCCGUUAGCUGGUCCUGCCAUGUGGAAUGCUCUCGGACCACACUGGCAAGGAACACUGUUGGGACUCUUGGAAGUCCUCAUCAUCCCUAUUCCGUUUGUGUUCUACAAGUACGGUCAUCUGAUCCGACUGAAAUCGAAGUUCAUCGUCAGGAUGGAGCAAGAAGCCAACGGUGGAGAAAAGGGAGGGGCAUAG